AUGACAUAUUUUCUCAAUGCUGCUUCUCCAUAUUCUAUUGGCAUUGGUGAUUUUAACAACGACAAUCGAAUGGAUUUAGUCGUCACCAAUAAUGGUACUAACAAUAUAGCUCUACUUGUCGGAUAUGGUAACGGUGCCUUUGCAAGCCCAAAAAUGUAUUCAACUGGAUCUUCUUCAUCAAUUUCCAUUGCCAUAGGUGAUUUAAACAGAGAUAAUCGUUUAGACAUUGCUGUCAUCAACAAUGAUACGAACACCAUAAGUAUCAUGCUUGGUUAUGACGAGUUUUUUCCAAUUCAAACGAUAUAUUCAACUGGCACUGCGCCAUACUCGGUAGCUGUUGGUGAUUUUAAUCACGACACCCGAUUGGAUAUCGUCGUUGCUAAUUAUGGUGACAAAACUAUAAGUGUACUUCUCGGAUAUGGCAAUGGCUCUUUUGUAAAUCAAACGAAAUAUUCAACUGGCUCUGGCGGACUAUCUGUAGCUGUUGGUGACCUUAACAACGAUGCCCAACUGGAUAUCGUUGUCGCUAAUGAUGACAACACUGUAGGUGUCCUUGUUGGAUAUGGUAAUGGCUCUUUUGCAAAUCAAACAAAGUAUUCAACUGGCUAUCAAUCAUGGCCUGUAGCUGUUGGCGACUUUAACAACGAUACCCAACUGGAUAUCGUCGUUGCUAAUUAUGGUGACAACACUAUAAGUGUACUUCUCGGACAUGGAAAUGGCUCUUUUGCAAAUCAAACGACAUAUUCAACUGGUGAUGCGUCACAGUCUGUAGCUGUUGGUGAUUUUAACAACGACAUCCGACUGGAUAUCGUCAUCGCUAAUUUUGGUGACAAUACUAUAAGUGUGCUUCUCGGAUAUGAUAAUGGCUCUUUUGCAAAUCAAACGAUCUAUUCAACUGGCUCUUCUCCCCGGUCUGUAGCUGUUGGUGACUUUAACAAUGACACUUAUCUGGAUAUCGUCGUUGCUAAUGCGGAUGACGACACUGUAAGUGUACUUCUAGGAUAUGGAAAUGGCUCUUUUGCAAAUCAAACAAAAUAUUCAACUGGUUCUGCACCAUACUCUGUAACUGUUGGUGACUUUAACAACGACACUUAUCUGGAUAUCGUCACUGCUAAUUUUGGUGGCAACAAUGUAAGUGUAUUUCUGGGAUAUGGAAAUGGCUCUUUUGCAAAUCAAACAAAAUAUUCAACUGGCUCUGGGCCACUGUCUCUAGCUUUUGGUGAUUUUAAUAAUGAUACCCGACUAGAUAUCGCCGUUGCUAAUUUUAAUGACGACACGGUAGGCAUACUACUUCGGUAUGACAGAGGAGCUCUGAAAGAAAAAAUCACAUUUGCAUCUGCCAAUAGUUCUCGUUUACGCAGCUUUGCUGUUUUUGAUUUCAAUAACGAUAGCCUACUAGAUAUCGCCGUUGCCAACUAUGGUACCAAUAACAUAGGUAUUCUUCUUGGACAUGGAGCUGGCGCAUUUGGAAACCAAAUGAUGUUUUCAACGGGCUUAAAUUCUCAUCCUUACUCAAUGGCUAUUCAUGAUUUCAAUAAAGACGGUCAAGUGGAUAUAGCAGUGGCUAAUUAUGGUACUAAAAAUCUUGUUACAUUUCUGGGAAGUGAGAAUGGAACAUUUGAAAAUCGAGGGAGUUAUGGUGUAAAUUUCGAUUUUGCUCCAUUGGUAGUUGGCGCUGGUAGUGUCAACAAAGAUGGACGUUCAGAAAUUAUUGUCGCAUAUGACGGCAUCGAUCAUGUAGAUGUACUUGUCACAUAUAAUCUCGGAUCUUUCGAUCAUCAAACGACAUAUUCAACUGGAGGUACGCCAAGAUCUGUAGCUGUUGGCAAUUUUAAUAACGAUAUCCAUCUGGAUUUCGUCGUCGCCCAUCAGGUCGUUAACACGAUAAGUGUCCUUCUCGGAUAUGGAAAUGGCUCAUUUGCAAAUCAAACGACCUAUUCAACCGGCUCCAUACCAUGCUCUGUAGCUGUUGGUGACUUUAACAACGACACCCAUCUGGAUAUCGUUGUUGCUAAUUAUGGUGACAAAACUAUAAGUGUACUUCUCGGAUAUGGCAAUGGCUCUUUUGCAAAUCAAACGACAUAUUCAACUGGUUCUGAACCAUACUCUGUAGCUGUUGGUGAUUUUAACAACGACGCUCUAUUGGAUAUCGUUGUUGCUAGUGAGAAUGACACCACUAUAAGUGUACUUCUCGGAUAUGGCAAUGGCUCUUUUGAGAAUCAAACAAAAUAUUCAACUGGCUCUAAACCAUGUAAUAAAUAA